AUAAUUUGUUAGGGAUAUGGAAGUGAUGGAAGAGAUUAUGGGAAAGAGAGGGGAGGAUGAGACGAAGGAGUUGGUGUUUGAGUUGUUUGUACUGUCGUUUACGAUUAUUACGUUGGUGAUGGUGUUGUAUGGGCUUGUUGUGGUGAAGAGAGUGUUUCUCUAAGUUGUAGGAGGACUAAAGAUGUGUUUAAGAUUGCACAGUAUGUUAUGAUGAUUGGGUAUAUGAUUACAGGGCAGGUUUAUGCCACUUUGGAGUUCUUCCGUUUCUUUGGAUUUUUCUUUAAAACUGCAGCUUCUUUUAUUAAUUUCUUUAUUGUAACUUUUGAAUGGAUGAACUCAUUGUGCUGGCUGGUAUUAAUUCUUCAUAUACUUCGGUUGCGAAGAAAGCGAGAAGAUGGAAACUACUCCCUAAAAUUGAUGAAACUUACUGAAAUCUUGCUUUUGAUUAAUUUUGUCAUUGCAGCUUUAAUCUUUUUAGGAUGUAUUAUUGCAGUAAAUAUCCUGAGUAUUGUGAAAGGCUGUUACAGGUGAUUUCCGGAAACUAAAGAAAGUUGCUCUUUUUGUAGCGAUAUAAUCCUUAAAACUUGGAUAAAUGAUCUAGAUCGUUACUUCACAGUUUGAAUGUUUCUUCAACCUAUCAUAAGAUUGAUUUUAGGUUCUCUUUUGCUAUUUCUUAUGAGAAAAUACAUUAAUUAUUACUACAAGAAGAGGAAAUGGAAAAUAUUUUUCGCAAUGAUUGGAACUGUUGUAUUUUUUCAGGCUAGAUUUAUAACCUAUUAUAUUCUCUAUACAGUUCAUGAGAAGUUGUCUUUUGAAGAGAUUUUCAUCUGCAGAGAUCAAGAUUGUUACAUAAAAGAAAGGCACUGGUAUAUCUUCUUAAGCUUCUUCAUUUGAAUUCUAUUUGUAAUCUUCGAAGUGUCUCUUUUCAAAAUAAACGUAGAAAACGUCACUUUCAAAGAAGACAUCAGAGAACUAAUCAAAAGUUGAGGUAUAAAACAACACUACUCAAACUCCUCAAUCUUCAUCCUCUCCUCUAAAACUACCUCCUCCAAAGCCUUCUUCUCAGACUCUAAAUCCAGACUACUCGAACGGACCUCUUCCCUGCUAUCCACAACUGAGAAGCUAUGGAUAGCUCAGAGUGAAGACCAGCUAGACUUGUUGUGCAGAGACUCUAAUGAGAGUGACCAUGAGUCUUGGAAAAGACAGUUUUUGAAUAGUAGAGUUUAA